GACAGCCUCCCAGGUAAACAAGCAUCCCUGUGAUGGCCAGGAGCCGGCCCAGCAACACGGAAGGAGAGGCUGUGGGCUGGGCACCACAGGGACCCGGCAGGUAUAAAAGCCAGAGCCCAGAGCUCCCCACACACACCCACAUUCACCCACACACCCACCCACACACCCACCCACCCUCCUCCAGCACACCCACCAUGGCCGCCUCCACCAUGUCCGUCUGCUCCAGCUCUUGCCCAGAGUCCUCCUGGCAGGUGGACGACUGCCCAGAGAGCUGCUGCGAGCCCCCCUGCUGCACCCCCAGCUGCUGCCAGCCCAGCAGUUGCCAGCCCAGUUGCUGCGCCCCAGCCCCCUGCCUGACUCUCCUCUGCACCCCAGUGAGCUGUGUGUCCAGACCCUGCUGCCAAUCAGUCUGCACCAGCUCCUGCACCCCCUCCUGCUGCCAGCAGUCUAGCUGCCAGUCUGAUUGCUGCAGCUGCUCCCCCUGCCAGCCAUCCUGCUGUGUGUCCCUCUGCUGCAAGCCCGUCUGCUGUAAGCCCGUGUGCUGUGUGCCACUCUGCUCUGAGGCUUCCUCCUCCUGCUGCCAGCAGUCUAGCUGUGAGCCCUCUUGCUGCUCCUCUUCCCCCUGCCAGCAGUCCUGCUGUGAGCCCUCUUGCUGCUCAUCCUCCCCCUGCCAGCAGUCCUGCUGUGUGUCCCUCUACUGCAAGCCUGUCUGCUGCAAGCCCGUCUGCUGUGUGCCCAUCUGCUCUGGGGCUUCCUCCUCCUGCUGCCAGCAGUCUAGCUGCCAGUCUGACUGCUGCAGCUCCUCCCCCUGCCAGCCGUCCUGCUGCGUGCCCGUCUGCUGCAAGCCCGUCUGCUGCUACAGACCCUCCUCCUGCGUGUCCCUGCUCUGCCGCCCCGUGUGCAGGCCCGCCUGCUGCGUGCCCGUCUCCUCCUGCUGUGCCUCCUCCUGCCAGCCCAGCUGCUGCCGCCCGGCCUCCUGCGUGUCCCUGCUCUGCCGCCCCAGCUGCUCCCGCCCGGCCUGCUGUGGUGACUCCUUGGGCCAGAGGUCCUGCUGCUGAGUGCUCUUCCUGGGCCACCCAGAGCUGGGAGCCCACUGCCUCCUGCACCCAGGCUUCUGUACUAGUGUCCCCCCCUGAGCCUGCAGGGACUGGUGGUCACCUGCCUCCUACUCCUGUUUGGGUAGCUCCAUCCCUUAAGGACUGACUGUCCAGUCCCUCCAUGGCCAUCUCUGCACUACCAGGUGGACGGCAGCCCCAGCAAGGCCAUCCGGCUCCUGCUGGCCGGAAGCCGCAUGUGGCCUAAGACUCUCCUGCAGCUGGCCGCUCAGCCCUCCCACCCCAGGCCUGCGAAGAGCCCCCGCUGCCCGCUCUGGGUCCGGCUGCUCCCCGGGCUCUGAGCCUCUCCCCCUCUGGCCCUCACUCUGGGAGCCUGUGGGACGCCCCAAUAAAGUCUCCCACGAACA